GACCACUACCGCCAUGGAUCCAUACACGCCUGGCUCACGCAGACAUCACCGCAAGAAGAACCUUGGCUUGUCUACAAAAGAGUACAUCAAGGUCACGGGCACAAUCGCAUCUGUACGGAAAGGCAGACAUUAUGAGGAGGAGAUAGACCAGGAAUUCGUACAUGAUAUGGAGACGGGGCGUCUCAACAAAGGCAAAGGCAGAGAGGAGCCUUCGUUCAUUGCGGAGGCAUCUUUCGUGAAGGCUCCCCUCAACUCACGCGUCGGGACCAGCGCGGCAGCGCCGAACACGAAGGGAAAGGCGAAGCAAGAGAGUCUGGACAGGUUUCCUCUUGAGUUGCAGGAGUCACUGAUCUUGGAAGACCUGCUGUUCGUGCUCAUGGGCAUUGAAGGGGCGUAUAUUACCUAUCCAAGCGACUACUCUAUCGAAGAUGAGGACCCGCUACAGGGCAUGCGAUUUGUUGUAACGCCUUCUUUGGAUCCUUCUCUUCGUGACCUGGUCGAGCGGAUAUUGCCCUUGGCCACUUACUACACCGGUAUCACUUCCUUCAUAGAAGCGCGAAGUCAUCUCGAUUUCGGCCUCGUUAACCACGCACUGUGUGCUGCCAUCCGCGAAAUGCUGAAGGAUUACCAAACCCUUCUCGCUCAGCUCGAACACGCCUUCAAUACUUCGUCACAAUUCACGCUACAGAAACUGUGGUUCUACGUCCACCCUACCUUGCAUACACUCUCCCUCAUGUACAUACUCACAUUCGAACUCGCGUCUGCGGACGAUCCCGCCGGGUCCGAGUCUGCUUCGAGCUCGUCCCACGCAUCCGACGCGGAAGACGACGCGCGUAACGAGGCUCUAGGUCUCGGCGGCGCGAAGCUUAAGGCCGUUUUGAAUGAGAUCAGCAAGACGAGCCAGCUUGGCAUGAACGGCGCGAGCACCAUACCCGUCAAGGGCGGCGAGGUGCUCGCCAUUCUUCACGAGCGACUCCAGAACAUGAGCGGCGACCCUGCAGCGAAGCAGCUUUACGGUGUACUUAUGCAAGCGGCAGGGAAGCCGUACGUCGAAAUGGUACAGCUGUGGAUACGCACGGGUAAACUAGUCGACCCAUAUGAAGAGCUCUGCGUUAAAGAGAGCAAGUUUAUCGAUCGUGGGACCCUGGAGGUGGACUACACUGACGAGUAUUGGGAGAGACGGUAUACUCUCCGCGACGGGACGACAGCAGGUGGCUCCUCCAAGCGACACCAAGCAGGUGUACCUGUACCACGAACAACUGGUGGCAGACUACCGGGCGGUGCGUGUAUACCGCCAAUGCUCGAGCGGUGGAAGCAGAAGAUGCUCCUGGCCGGAAAGUAUCUAAAUGUCAUCCAGGAAUGUGGCAUUGAGAUCAGCAAGAACUUGAACCAGUCCGGAGACGAGGAGUUGUCAAUGGAGGACGACCGGUUCUACAAGAUCAUCGACGAUGCAUAUACCCACGCCAACAGGACACUCCUGCGCUUGCUUCUACGAGAUCAGCAGCUCAUACCCCGUUUACGCUCACUCAAACGCUACUUCUUCAUGUCCCAAUCUUCGUUUCUAACACAUCUACUCGACCUAGCGGGUAGUGAGAUGCGUAAAUCAUCCAAGUCGGCGUCAAUCGUAAAGCUGCAGAGUCUGCUCGAUCUCGCGCUGAAUACGGACGCGCAGGGCGAAGACGCGAUGUUCAGGGAUGACGUCAAAAUCACUAUGGCCACGAGCGGCUUGUACGACUGGCUGCUCAAGGUCCUAAAAGUAAGCGGGACGAUAGGUGGCGAGGACGGCGAAGGCGGUUCAGCGCACCUUUAUGAGGAUAACAAGAAGGACAAGUCCGACAAGAAGCAGCAGAUACUCGCCAUCGAUGCGCUAACGCUCGAUUACCACGUCAAGUUCCCGCUUUCGCUCGUCAUCUCUCGCAAGACGAUCCUGCGAUACCAGCUCAUCUUCCGCUUCCUGUUGCACCUCAAGCACGUCGAACAGUCGCUCACCAACAUGUGGAGCGAACACAAGACGGAGCCGUGGCGCACGCUCACGCGGCGGACGCCCGGCACUGCGUCGCGACCUGCCACUCCGGGGGGCGCAGGCACAGACGCAGCAUUUGACUGGCACGUUGAUUUCGAGAACUGGCGGCGACGUGUGUUCCUGUUACGUGCACGCAUGCUCGCUUUCGUGCAGCAGAUCCUCGCGUUCACGACGUUCGAGGUGCUUGAGCCCAACUGGCGCAAGCUUGAGGGGAAGCUCGAAGCGGGCAAAGUCGAGACCGUCGACCAGCUCCUGCGGGACCACGUCGACUUCCUCGACACCUGCCUCAAGGAGUGCAUGCUUACGAGUUCCAAGCUUGUCACGGCGACGUCGCGGCUGAUCGUGACGUGUUCGACCUUCUCGCUCUACGCGGCGUCGUUCACGAAGGAGGCGAAGCAAGCCCUGGCGUGUGCCGAGAGUCCGGAGAGCGACCAGUCGCACGUCAAGAGGUGGGACACGCUCGGCAAGUUCGAGACUCACUUCAACCACUGGUGGCAGGUACACCUGAACUGCGUGCAAUUCUACGCAUCGAGCGAGAAUGUGUCGCUCCUGCCGCUCGUGGUGAGGUUGAACAGCAUCAAGGUGCCCACAUAGCGGCAGUCGCGCGUGUAAAACAUCGUCGAUGCGUCGGGAUCUUACAUUUGUUUUCUGUACCCUGUCUUUUUGCAACGCAUAGCUGUCGAG